GAGCCGACCGCCGAACGGGACGGGUGUAUCGCUGCGAGCCUCAAAUAGCAUCGAACUAAAACACGACACGAAUCGAAUCUCGCGCGAACCAUGAGCUCGUAGUCAGCGGCAGGAAGGGGUCAUCCUCAUGAGACCGAAGCCAUGAUAUUUAAAGCGGGAGGUAAGCCUCCGGGCAAGAAUCCUCCAAAGACAGAGAAGGUAGCCAAGGUGGAGGAGUGUGAACCAUGCCCGGGGGAUCCGUGGUUAUAUUGUGCAGUGUUGUGGUGUGCGUGUGCGAUGAGUCUGAUAUCCAGCGGGUACAGCCUGUACAAGCAGCAGGGCCUGCAAGACCGCCUGUCGCUGUUGGAGGAGCAGCACUUCGCGUUGAGGAGCGCGGUCCUGGAGCCGCAGCAGCCGCUGGUAGAGAGGUUGCGGCGGGAGGUGCUGGCGCGGCCGCCCAGCUACUGGCGACCGAGGAGGAGCAUCCGAGACUAUGGUGACUGCGUGUGCCCUCCAGGACCCCCGGGACCACCGGGGAAGAGGGGGAAGAAGGGCAAGAAAGGAGACACCGGCGAACCGGGACCUCCGGGGUUAUUGGGAGCGCCAGGAAAAAAUGGAUUCCCGGGAAGCAAGGGCGAGAAAGGCGAACGAGGCUUUAUGGGUCCAAUAGGACUAGACGGGCCGAAAGGAGAUCCCGGCCGACCGGGGGACAAGGGGCAGAAGGGCGACCACGGGAGCCCCGGCUUUGAUGUAUUCUCAGCUGUCAAGGGCGUCAAAAGAUCGGUGGACAACUAUAAGAUGAGUCCCUACACUACCGCCGAAAUCAUAGCUGUUAAGGGAGAACCUGGUGAGCCAGGUCCACCGGGCCCCCCGGGCCCUUCCGGGGCGGACGGCGUGGCCGGUGCUGAGGGGAGACCCGGGCCCGCCGGCUCAGUGGGCCCCGCCGGUCCCAUCGGCCCCGCCGGCCCGCCUGGCCCCAUUGGACCCGUCGGACCACCUGGACCUAUAGGACAUAAGGGAGACAAGGGCGACAAGGGCGAGCGAGGCUUCACCACGACGCUGAAGGGCGACGCGUUCCCCACCGGCAUCAUCGAAGGACCGCCCGGCCCGCCCGGCCCGCCCGGGUCGGAGGGCGCGCGCGGCGAGCGGGGAGCGACGGGCGCGCCCGGCCCGCCCGGCGAGCGCGGCGCACGCGGCAAGCGCGGCAAGCGGGUAACCGCAAUCACUCCCACACACACUCACACGCACACCCACACGCACACCCAAAACAGCUCACCAUACAUGGGAACUGCGGGAGCUGCCGGGCCGCGUGGUCCCCCGGGGCUGGACGGUCGCCCCGGAGACUCAGGGGUGCCUGGUCCGCCAGGGAAACCCGGUGAGAUGGGUCCAAAAGGCGAGAAAGGCGACUACGGAGAUAUGGGAUCCCCGGGCAUGUUGGGAGCUCCCGGGCUGCCCGGCCCGCCCGGCUACCCCGGCCUCAAGGGUGAGAAAGGCGACAAGGGAGACUCGAAGUACAGAAAGCUGAGACGAAGACAAAACUUGCAGGGAGAUGGCACUGGAUAUGAGCUGUAUGGACAUGAAAUAAUGAUGGGUCCCCCUGGAGCGCCGGGGCCCGCGGGACCGCCGGGAGUGGCGGGCCCGCCCGGGAUCAAAGGCGACAAAGGAGAUCCGGGCAUUAGGGGAAAAUCAGGGGAGCGAGGUGAAAAAGGAGAUCCUGGUCCAAUGGGUUUACCGGGGCCCGUGGGGCUACCCGGAGAGCCCGGAGAGCCCGGUGAACCCGGCCGGCCCGGCGACUCUGGACCUCGCGGUCCGCCUGGACUGGAUGGUAUGAAGGGUGCACAAGGAGAGCCAGGCAGCAAGGGCGAGCGUGGUGACCCGGGAUUGCCCGGAACGGAUGGAAUACCUGGGACGGAGGGUCCAAAGGGUGAAAAGGGUUACAAAGGAGAGCCAGGGCCGAGCGGCAAGCGCGGGCGCAAGGGCGACAAGGGCGACCGCGGCGAGCAGGGCGUGCCCGGCCUCGACGCGCCCUGUCCGCUGGGGCCCGACGGCCUUCCGCUGCCGGGCUGCGGCUGGAGACCUUCCAAGGAGACGGGGCGCGAGGAGCGGCCGGCGGGCUCGGACGAGGACGCGGAGGCGGAGGCGGAGGGCGACGCGGACGAGGGCGCCGAGUACGACACGCGCGACGACGAGCUGGAGCACGCGCGCGACUACGAGGAGUACACUGACAACGCGCACCUCGACCCGCGCCGCGACUGACCCCCCUCCCU